UAAAAUGAUCAUCCGACCUUUCGUCCAUUUACUUCUCUUAUAUCUCAUUAUAUAUCAAUAGACAUUUCAAUAGACAAAACAUCAAUAAAAAUCUCUACAUUUCUCAAAUCUCUACAAACUAAAUCAACUUACCAAAAGUAUCAUAAUAACUAAUAAUUGAUCAUAACCAAUAACAGCAUAAAGAUUCACUUAAGAAUAAAGAAAAGAAAAGAAACAUAUAUAUGUCAAAUAAUUAGAAAAUCAUUAGAUGGACUUAUCGAUAGAUGAAAAUUGAUUGAGGAAACAGGAAAAAAGAAUGUAUCUUUGUUUUCUGUAAAAGGAAACGUUGUCGAUGGAACUCUGGUCAUCACGACAAUGGCGCAUCACGAUAGCUGCUGCCAUCUUGAUAGAGUGAGCUAACUGCAGAACACGGACGGUAUCUCGCAGGCGCACUUUGCACCGCUUAAUCCCCGUCCUCCUUUCCCUAAGCAUUUUCCUCGCAAGGUUCGCUCGUCAUUCCUUCCUCGAGUAUCGCAAGGAUCGCGUACAACACAGCAAGUAGCAUUCUCUAUCUUCCGCGCGUUCUUCCGUCCUCUUCACCCCGUUACGAAGUCUCGUGACACGCGCGUGCAUAUCCGGUUGCCGUCUUCACGGCAACAGGCUUCGUUAGCAUCGUUUUACCCCCUCUAUCUAUCUCUGUCUCUGUCUCUCUUUCUCACUCUCACUCUUUAUCCUUUAUCCUUAUUUCUCUCCUACGGUUUAUAUACACUUGUUUCGCUCGAGAUACGUUUAUCUCUCUUACUUUUUAUCUCUCUCCCUAUCUCUCUCUCUCUCUCUCUCUUCAUUUCUUUCAUUUUUCUUUUACCUUUGAAAUAUUGUCAGUGAACCGCAAACACGUUGUCAGUGUCAGGGUCGUACAAAGUAGUGACAAGAAGGGUAAGAAAAGAGAAGAGAGAGAAAGUGAAAGAGAGAGAGAGAGAGAGAGAGAGAGAGAGAGAGAGAGAAGAGAGGGAAGCUUAGCGAACAGCUGGCUGAGACAUUUUGACACAAAGAAGACACAUCUGAUACAUAAAGAAGAGAAGACAAGUGUCCGAAGGCUAUCUCAUCCUUUUUUUUGUUCUUCUUGAUUGCUCAAAGAAGAGGAUCAUGUCGCUCAUAGCCGAAUGCUUUCGUCGAUUGACCGACACAUCCUGCAAAAGUGAAUUAAGGGGUUACAAGAUAACAGAUGUGAAUCGGACGAGAAAGUUCGGCGUUGCUUGCCGAAGUCUUCAGGAAUUGAAAAGGAAAGCUUGCACGAAAUUGAACAUAACGAACGACCUGGCAGAGGUGAAUGUCUUUCUUCUCGACGGAUCCUUGAUCGACGAAGAUUAUUUUCAUACGUUGGAACCACAAACGACCUUGAUCUUGCAGAAACCAGGGGAGAAGGUUUUGUCCGACGCUGAUCUCCUUUAUGAAACUUUGCGACGCGUUAAUAUCGAAUAUAUCACUGCCGGAGACAAAGUGUCGCAAUUUCUGACAGAGAAUCUUAAGAACAAGAUCGCCGUUUUGAACAAUGCCUUGAACAAGGAUGACUCCAAGACUGCGUUCAGUUUGAGAGAAGAACAUCCGGAGUGGUUUCGCGGACUUGAGACUAAUUAUACUAGUAAGGAAGCUUAUAUGCAUCGUCGAUGUCAGGAUAGGAUACGAGGAUAUUUGUAUAAGACGAUCGAUCAGAUCAGAUCCUCGGACAUAUAUCUAAACGAUCGAAAAGCUAGACAACAAUUAUUACAGACUAUAGCCUUCUUCAAAAUGCAAUUAAAGGAAGAUCAUUAUUUCGGUUAUUAUUUUGAUAGAAGUCGAGCGGCAAAGGAUCCAAACGAAACGGAACAUUUCGACGAAGUAGAUUCUUCAAAUUGUUACGAUCAUUGUCCUUGCAAAUUGAGUCAUCUCGACGAUAGCACGCACUUUCGUUUAUUUGGAAACAUUAGAACGGUCGAUGAAAGUUUCAAUAACGACGAGGUCGAUGCAAGAAAAAUCACCAAAGUAUCCGUCGAGAGAAAACAGGACACGGAUGAAAAUGAGGUACGACCAGAGAAAUGUCCCUUUAGGAUUAAACUUCGUAACGUGGAAGAGCAGAAAGCUAUUUGCGAUCGCAAGGGAGAAUUCAGGUGUGAAGGAGUUUGGAACGCGAACGAGUGUACUUAUGGGGCGAGACACAGGAUUAACCCUUACAGAUCGAGAGAGGAACUCGUCCUCUUUUCAACGUGGAAUUUGGAUCACAAAAUCGAACGAUCUCGGACCCUAGUUCCAAGGCUUCUUAAUAUGUCACUUCAAGAUACAGUGAACGAGAAGGACAUCUACGAUAUUUACGAGAAUCUCUUCACUUUGAAAAACUUAAGACUGGUUCACGUCGUAUGUCACGAUAAGGGCUCGCACAAGUCGGAAUAUUAAUGAGGAUGAUCCUAUUUAAAGAAAGAAAGAGAGAAAAAGAGAGAGAGGGGAAGAAUAAAAUUACUACGAUAUAGUCUUUUAUUAGGGGGAUAGUGCAAAUUAGUAUAUUACAGUAUUGAACGAUGUUUACGUAUAAAUAUAUAUGUACAUACAAUCACGUUUACGUACAUAUAUAAAUACACACACAUAUAUAUAUACAUCUAUACAUAUAUAUAUAUAUAUAUAUAUACAUAUAUAUAUUUAUUUAAAGAUUGUUGAUAUUAGAGAGAGAUUUAACAUAUUGUUAAUAUUGAAAGUUGACAGUACUUUCGUUGCGUUGAGAAAAAAGGAAAGCAAUAUAUAAAGAGAAAUAUAUUCUAUAAAUUUCUAUAUCGAUUAAAAUUCCAUACGAGAAUAUCAUGCCUGACGGUGAGCAAUAUUUAAUGAAAAACUAUAUAUAAAAAAAGAGAAAAUAAAUAGUAAACUAUAACAAUUACUUCAGUCACUAUUGUAAAGCUAGAUGUAUGCUCUGUUUAAUUGAUUAAGUACUAAUGACACUUUCAGAGAUUGCCUUCUGUUCCUUGAUCUUUUCUUUUUCUAUUCUAAGAAAGGGAAAGCUUUCUCGUAGGUGUCUUUACUAAUGUGAGAACGUAAUCUUUAAAGCAGGGUGUACGUACAGUUCCUUCGGAAGAAUUUUUCUUCGUGCUUUUUGUGAUUUCGAAAAAAAAAGAAAAUGAGGAAACGAAAUGAUCAUUCGUUUUCCUACGGACUUGUUAAAAUAAAUAGAAAAACGUUAAUUCCUCGACAAAAAUUGACUGUGCUGGCCUAAAGGACAUUCAGAGAUGCCUUUAUCGAUGAUAAUCUUCGUAACUUGGAAAGUUCUAUACGGAUUUCGUGUUUUCAUAUCUUGAGCGCAACGGAAGAACCGUGGAAAGUAUAAUAAUAAAUGGUGAAGUAUUGUUCGCCGAAAAAAGGAAAAACUGUUAAUUCCAAAAGUUAGGAACGAUGAAGAUCUUUAUUAACUUUCGAUAAAAAAUGAAAAAAAAACAAACUUUAAUGUAUCGUAGUUGACACGUUAGUGUGUGAAAAAUAUCUUGUUAGAAAAUAUGUAUACUAUAUAUAUAUAUAUAUACGUAGUAACAAAAUAUCUUUCGGACAGAUUUUUAUUCUGACUGGUCGACAAGAGACUAAAACAAAGUUCUGAUAUAUACUUAUAACUACAUAUAUAUUAUAUAUACCUAUAUACGUUGUCAGGUUUAGAGAAGGAUAUAUUAUAUAUAUAUAAAUAUAUAUUAUCUAUAUACACUAUACACGCAUACGUACUUAUGUAUAUCAUACGAUAUUACAUUCCGAAGACUUCUGCGAUAAUUCACGAAGGUGCUUUUCCAAUAUAAAAGCGAUCAGUUUCUAGAAAGCAUGAAAAUGCUUCAAAAUGUAAAUCGAUUACUUACUACGUCUGUACUUGAUAAGAUAUUAAGUGUCGCGAUAUGAAAAGUAUAUUACUUUGUAUGUACUACUUACAUAUAUACGUAGAAAUACUAUUCCUGAAGAGACGUUUGCGAUGAUAUAGAUUUAUCGAAUCGAUCUCUGCACUUGUUACUUUCCUAUCUUUCGUAGCUUCUUCGCUCGAUGUUUGUUGUUAAUCCUUUACGUACGAUACUUGUACGACAAUAUUUUAUUCCAUUUUUCCGGCCACCAACAUACCAAGAGAAUCCCUACGUCCGUCGAUGUGUCUAUCAUUUAUGAUCGACUUAACUAAAGAGUAAUACAGGGUAUUACAUCGAAGUUCAGAGAAAAAUGAAAAGAAGACAAUUAUAAAUUUGACCAAUGUGAAAAAGCUACACACACACACACACACACACACACACACACAUAUAUACAUAUGUAUAUACACCUUUAUGUAUAUCUCUGUCACGAGUCUCUCCUAUCGCUAACGUAACACGUUGUUUCCUCUAGUUGUAGUGACCACCGUGACUGUACAAUAUAUACGGGUCAUAGAUGUGUUUGUGAUUUAUUUAUAUUAAUGAUAAAAUAUAUGAGAAAUGGAUGAUCGCAAAAAAAUAUGUGGUAAUAGACGAUUAUAUAAGUAUAUAAACGCUUGACAUUGUUUUAAGCUUUGAUGUUUUUAAUCUAAAUAUGUAAACGCAGUAGACAGUAUUUAUUAUUUAUUUUUAUCUUCGUUUGGAGACGAUCUACGGCAGAGAUAACGAAUAAGAUCAAUCGAAAGGAGGUGUUAACGAAGACAUCCGUUUGGAGGGUUCUUUAAACGUGCCAAGAAAAUGCGUCACGAUUGGCUCCGCUUAUAUAGUAUUCUCUGACGUCUUCUUCGCGAGGACGACACGUGCGUGGGUAACUUAAUAGUCGGCUUGUUAACGUUAACUCAACGACCAAUUGUCAAUCAGCGACAUUUCGUUUGAAUUGUAAAUGUUGCUCCGUGCGAUUGAUAAGGUCUUUUCUUUGUAAAACGAGCGACGCGUACAGAUGGACCUCGUUAUUCUCUUAAAAAAAAACACACACAAGAAAAAACACAAAAAAAGAAAGAAAAAACGAAGGAAAAAAAGAAAAUAGAUAAAAAAAAACAGUUUGUUUUAACGUCGACCGAACGCUUAAAGAGAUUAUAUCGAAUGUUGUCUUUUAUUCUUUAUUUUAUCGAAGAAAUGCGAAUGUUCUGUGUAUGUAUCUACGUUAUCGAUCGAAUAUAAUGGAAUUUAUUAUUUAGUUAA